AUGGUAUUCCUCCUGCCCCGGCGCGUACGCGAUAAGCUCUGGGCCGAGCCCCUCCCGCCCCCGGACUCAUUCCAAGGCCAAACCGUCCUCAUCACAGGGGCGACCUCCGGUCUCGGUCUCGCAGCCGCCGUGCACUUCGCAAACCUGGGCGCAAACCUGAUCCUCACCGCGCGAACCCUAGCCGCCGGUCACACAGCAGCCGAACAUGUUGAGACACGCGUCGGGAUCGUCGGCCAGGGAAGAAUCCGGGUCCUGGAAUUGGAUAUGAGCCGGUACUCGUCGUGCGUCUCCUUCGUCUCUCAACUGAAGCAACACACGGCGAGUAGCGCAGGGCGCCUUGAUGUAGUGAUUUUGAACGCUGGCUUGAUCAAUGUCGACUUCAAGCUCAGUCCGGAGGGCUGGGAGCAAACAAUCCAAGUGAACACACUGAGCACAGCGCUCCUGGGACUUCUUCUGCUGGAGUGGAUGGGACAGCAACCAAACCAUAAAUCUAAAAGCGUCCCACCUCACAUCGUCUUCGUGACCUCGCGCGACCAUCUCGACCCCGACAUCACCCCCUGGGAAGAAUACUCCGCUCGACCAGGCGGACUCCUGAGAUUCUUCAGCGAGGAACAGAAUUGGCCCCGUGGCGCGCUGGAUCCGAACUACGCGGUCAGCAAACUCGCGUUGACCUACGCGGUGGAGAAACUGUGCGAGAGGGCAGCGGAGGCGGACGGAAGAGUCAAUGUGGUCAUCAACACCGUUUGCCCCGGGCUCGUUUCGACCAGCCUUGGUCGGUCGAUAGUGGAAAGUUAUCCUUGGUUGAAGGUCCUCGUACCGAUGCAUCAAUGUCUUUUUGGCAAGUCCGCGGACUUCGGGGCGAGGUUCUACGUCAAGGCGGCGAGGACAUCUGUUGACGAACAUGGUAAAUACAUUCAGUCCCUGUUCACGGAGGACGAAUACCGCAGGUAUGGCUGA